AUGGGGCUUACUUCAUUGGCGGUUGCCGUCGCUGGAUUCAUGUAUAUCUCAUUUGGCCACUGUAAAGCGUCAAGCUCGCAGACUACGGAUGACAUAUCGAGUUGUGGAAGCGUGUGGAUGCCCAGGGAAGAUGUCACAAUCGCUCAGGGAUCCGAUUCGCGCAGAGGAUUUAGCACUGCAGUGGAAACAUUCUGCAAUGCAGCAAAUGGCCAGAUUGUGAAGCCCAGCGGAUAUCUUUCAUUGGCAACAGAAGUAUUCUUAAAUGGCGGCAAGGAUCCCGCAACCUAUGGCAUCUUAGGAUUCGUAUAUUUUGAGGUUCACAAUAAAGAGACGACGGACCAUACUAUUUCAGCUGAGGACUGCGCAAAGUACCUCCUUGCACUGAGUGUGGAUGGCGGCCAGUGUUCUGGACAGACUAAUCACGACACUAAAGGAGGCACUUGGCAAGUAGGUACCAAUGGCAUAUCAUAUCAUGCUCUUGGGAAUGAAGUGCCACCGAAACAAGAUGCGAUUAACAAACUGUUCUCCGGUACCGCUUUGGAGGCUCAGAGUGUGAAUAAAGGUUCUGGCGCACCUCUAAACCCUUGGCCUUUGGAUUCUUUAAACAGCGUCAAACCUACAGCUUGCCACAGCCAUAACGACUACACUCGCAAUAUUCCGAUAUAUUCCGCGAUGAGUGCGGGCUGUAUUGGUAUAGAAGCCGAUGUUUUCUACUCGAAUGGGGAUGUCAUCAUCGGACACACCAUUCCCACACCGGGAAGGACAUUGACAAUUCAGUACAUCGAGCCGUUACGAGCGGUUCUUGAUCACAACAACGGGGGUUCACCCGGUACUACUGGCCUAUACAAGGCUAAGCCCCAGCAGAGCAUCACGUUGCUUGUCGAUUUCAAGACUUCUGAUACCGAAACACUGGAUGCCGUCGUGAAGGCGCUCCAGCCAUUGCGAGAUGGCGGUUAUCUCAGCCACCUUGAGGAGGGCAAGUUUGUCGAGAAGCAAAUCACGGUGGUAGCAAGCGGAAGCGCACCAUUUGAUCGAAUUGAUUCAGGCGAUGGUGUUCCAAACCGAGAUGUAUUCUAUGAUGCCAAAGUGGACCAGUGGGAUGCCAAAUACACCAGUUCGAACUCCUAUUACGCCUCAGCAGAUUUCGAAUCGGCGAUAGGUAGCCCGGGGAGCGCAGACGAUUUCAAUGAGGACGAGAAAAGUAAAGUGCAAUCUCAGGUGGAAAAUGCGCAUUCCGCCGGCCUUAAAGUCCGAUAUUACAAUUUGCCAGGGGAUUAUAUGUGGGAGCCGUUAGCCAGCCUCGGGGUUGAUAGGUUAAACGCGGAUGACAUGUAUGACACAGCUAAACUUAUUCGAAUAAACUAA